AUGCCUGUCAUUCGUGACGUCUUAUCUAUUCCGAGAAACAAAACACAACCUAGCUAGUCAUCCUAAAUAAUGCGUCGAACGUCGUUUGUUUAGGUACAUAGCGUGAACAGUAUACACGAAAAAUUCUAAGUGUGAUGGCAUGAUAUUCAUGCUGCCCCUUCGUUAUCUGCUAGAAAACAUGACAUGAUAAAUUCCGGCUUACUAUGUCGUUACUAGAUAAUAUAUAGAGGCGUUAACACCGCGAUUCUGCUGUUGCAGUGAAAUGCUUUUUAAGAAAGGCUAUCUGUUCGUUUGUGUGGGGAAAAGGGUUAUUCAUAACAGCAUCAAGAACGUAAAUAGUGGGCCGAAACGUUCAAUUUUUGGAACCGGUCUCGACACUACGUAUAUAAAAAUGACGGAAACGAUACCAUUAUCGAAGGAUUUCUUUUUCCGACAGUUAUAUGAUCAGGAAAGCAGUACAUACACAUAUCUACUGGCUGACGUAAAGUCAAAGGAAGCUGUUCUUAUUGACCCUGUACUGGAAAUGGCCGAGAGAGAUGCAAAGCUCAUUACAGAGCUAGGACUCACAUUGAAAUAUGCAAUGAAUACACAUGUACAUGCUGACCAUAUAACCGGAACUGGCCUUCUAAAGAGACUCCUGCCCGGGUCUCGUAGUCUGAUAUCACGUGCUAGUGGUGCAAUGGCUGAUGUGUUCGUUGAUCCGUACCAGAAUGUUGAAUUUGGGAGGCACAAACUUGAAGUCCGACCGACUCCAGGGCAUACAAAUGGGUGUGUUACAUAUGUCAGCCACGAUCAAGGGCUCGUAUUUACUGGUGAUGCUGUCCUUAUCCGCGGUUGUGGGCGGACAGAUUUCCAGGAGGGUAACCCCCAUACAUUGUACCACUCAGUGCACACGCAGAUCUUCACCCUGCCAGACACGUUCCGCAUCUUCCCUGCUCACGACUAUAAGGGUCAGACUGCAUCUACUGUAGGAGAAGAAAAGAAAUUUAAUCCCCGCUUGUCAAAAAGUGAGAAAGAGUUUGUGGAGAUCAUGAACAAUCUGAACUUGGCAUACCCAAGACAAAUUGAUCGGGCUGUGCCGGCAAAUCGUGUGUGUGGCCUUCACGAUCUGCCACCUCUUCCUGGUGAUAAGAAGAAGCCUGUUAAAAGAGACGACACUCCACAGGAGGCACCUCCUGUGCUAUAACCUGCAUGAAAAUUUUCAAUAUGUAACCAGACAUACAAAACUGUACAGUUUCAUUUAGGUAUAUUAGAAAUAAAAGCAUGAAAAUUGGUUCAAGUUUAUUUUUAUUGAAGUAACUAAAUUUUAAUAAUCUAGACAAUUGUCAUUUUUAAAAAGAAUGGUGGCUAGCAUCAAACUUCCACAGAGUACACAUUGUUUACAUGAAAAGUAAAAGCUAUGUACUUUGUGUGCUCUGUUAUGCUGUAGCUUUUUCUGUGAUUCAGUAAUGGUGCUAUUCAGACUGUAGAAUACCUAGUCUUAGGUGAAGGGUUUCCUUAUACUGGCUCCAGCCGGCAAUGCUUGAAAAUGUACUUAGCAUACUUAAUUUCCAUUCCAAAGUAUCACCUGUACAUGAUAAAAUAAGUGGUACAAAAACAAGUACAGUUAUAAACUUUUGUGAGGCUGAUUUAUUUCUAGCAAGUGACUAUCAUGAUGAUUAUAUUGCUGGUGGUAUAUUUUAUAAAGUACAUGUAAAUUACUGUUUUACAAAAAUGGUAUAUUUUUAUAAAGUAAACAAGUACAAGUUUUACAGAUUAGACUGAAUAGUGGUAUGCUUUAUAUUGUUGUAAUGAAAUACUGUUUUUAUGAAUGUUAACAAUAAAAUUUACAAUGUAUUGAAGACAGACA